UGCGCAGUCUUGGCCCUUGCCCGCCGCGCCUGCCCCACUACGCGGCGGGGUACUCGGCCGCCUUGGCCCCUUCGCGCUGCCGUCUUUUCCGGCAGUUGGAGCGCUUCCUGUUGUCCUCACCCGCAACCACCCCUCGGCCCGGACUCCAGAGUCCCUCAGGCGUCCCCUCGUCUCUUCUGGUCGGCCGGGUGCUGCCGCUGGGGCUUCGCCUGUCCGCCCGUCGAGAGACAUCGCUGGCCGCGCCGGCGUCCGCGGCUGGUCGCCGCCCCCAGCCCUUCUUCCCCCGGGGCUCUGCCAUGGCAAUGACAGGCUCAACACCUUGCUCAUCCAUGAGUAAUCACACAAAGGAAAGGGUGACAAUGACCAAAGUGACACUGGAGAAUUUUUAUAGCAACCUUAUCGCUCAGCAUGAAGAACGAGAAAUGAGACAAAAGAAGUUAGAAAAAGUGAUGGAAGAGGAAGGCCUAAAGGAUGAAGAGAAACGACUGAGGAGAUCAGCACAUGCUCGGAAGGAAACAGAGUUUCUUCGUUUGAAGAGAACAAGACUUGGAUUGGAAGAUUUUGAAUCCUUAAAAGUAAUAGGCAGAGGAGCAUUCGGUGAGGUGCGGCUUGUUCAGAAGAAAGAUACAGGGCAUGUGUAUGCGAUGAAAAUACUCCGUAAAGCAGAUAUGCUUGAAAAAGAGCAGGUUGGCCACAUUCGUGCGGAGCGUGACAUUCUAGUGGAGGCAGACAGUUUGUGGGUUGUGAAAAUGUUCUAUAGUUUUCAGGAUAAGCUAAACCUCUACCUAAUCAUGGAGUUCCUGCCUGGAGGGGACAUGAUGACCCUGUUAAUGAAAAAAGAUACCCUGACAGAAGAGGAGACUCAGUUUUAUAUAGCAGAAACAGUAUUAGCAAUAGACUCCAUUCACCAACUUGGAUUCAUCCACAGAGACAUCAAGCCAGACAACCUUCUCCUGGACAGCAAGGGCCACGUGAAGCUUUCUGACUUUGGCCUUUGCACAGGACUGAAAAAAGCACAUAGGACUGAAUUUUAUAGGAAUCUGAACCACAGCCUCCCCAGUGAUUUCACUUUCCAGAACAUGAAUUCCAAAAGGAAAGCAGAAACCUGGAAAAGAAAUAGACGUCAGCUAGCUUUCUCCACAGUAGGCACUCCUGACUACAUUGCUCCUGAGGUGUUCAUGCAGGCCGGGUACAACAAGCUCUGUGAUUGGUGGUCGCUCGGCGUGAUCAUGUACGAGAUGCUUAUCGGCUACCCACCUUUCUGUUCUGAGACCCCUCAAGAGACAUAUAAGAAGGUGAUGAACUGGAAAGAAACUCUGACUUUUCCUCCAGAAGUUCCUAUUUCUGAGAAAGCCAAGGAUCUAAUUUUGAGAUUCUGCUGUGAGUGGGAACAUAGAAUUGGAGCCCCUGGAGUUGAGGAAAUCAAAAGUAACUCUUUUUUUGAAGGCGUUGACUGGGAACAUAUCAGAGAGAGACCUGCUGCAAUAUCUAUUGAAAUCAAAAGCAUCGAUGAUACCUCAAACUUCGAUGAGUUUCCGGAGUCUGAUAUCCUUAAGCCAACAGUGGCUACAAGUAAUCACCCUGAGACUGACUACAAGAACAAAGACUGGGUCUUCAUCAAUUACACAUACAAGCGCUUUGAGGGCCUGACGGCUCGGGGGGCAAUACCUUCCUACAUGAAAGCAGCAAAAUAGUAUCCUUGAACUAGAACCCUAAAUGGAGCGGAGUUCUUUGUACAACAUUGCGGUUUUCCUCUCACAUGCUCUUUUGAAAGAGUUUCCAAGAAGUUUCCGGAACCCACCGGUGUGUCAUGGUAAACUCCUGAAAUGCGAUAGUAAGUGGAGUCUCUUCCGUAAUGCAUCCGAAAACCUGUAGAACAAAGACGACCAUUUCUACUGCAUCGGCCAUAAACAGCUGUGCUGCUUCUUCAGAAGCAUCGUGAGCCAAUUUGAUAGAGGUUUUAAAAAACUCGUUUUCCUAAGUUCAUCAGAAUGAAGGAGAAAAAACAGCCAUCAUCAAACAUUAUUGAGAUUGUAACACGUACUUACUGAAUAUCAGCCAAUUUCUGUGAUUUUUGUGACAGACACGCUUUCUGCCAAGCCCACCAAGUAUUUCUGUUCCUUUACAGCUAAAAGCUCCAUAGUACUAAGGAAAUAAAGCAAUAACGAAAGCCUCAGCAGCCAGCACUCUGGCUGAAGGAGAUGCCCCACCGUCCUCUGAGGGGGUGGUGGGGGGCUUCUCCCCAUACCUCGGCCUCGGGCGAGUGGCUUGGAUAGCCACCAUUCACGGUGCACUUUAUUUAUGGUACUAGCAUAAAGACCCGCAAUCCAGUGAUUUCUCUCCUCCUGCCCAUCUAAAAUACUCAAGCUGCUUUUCUGAGUGUUGAUGGGGGAUACUAGCUCCAUCUCUCACUGCUUUCAGAAGGCCCAGAAGCCACGGGGCCUUGCCAAGGAGUCCCAGAUCACGGGGAAAACCUUCAGUGUCUCUUCAUGGCCGUAUCAGAAAAUCCGUAAGACGGACGUUGUUGUGGACCAGCGAUAGCCGCAGGCGCUGCCAGCAGGAACUCGGUUCCUUCCUGGGAACACAGCAGGGAGAGUCCGGGCAGAGGCAGGAAGCCUGGAACCUCUCUUGGCUAAGGUGCUGCUCCUGCUUGGUCUCUGGAACCUCCUUGGAAGUGAAGGAACCAGCCCCCUAGAAAGUGCAGAGCCAGCCUACGAAUCCGUGUAAAGUUCACUCCUCAGUCCUUGAUGCAGCCGUGUUUUGUCUUCUCUCUCGGUUAUUUCUCCUCUCCGAUUUAAGUAACCAUUUUGCCUUGGAAUCAUGAUUACGAAUUUUUCCUUUGCAGAUGCCUUCCUGGGGGAUGCGCCUCCACCCAAAGGGUAGCCUGCAGCUCUGGCUGACCAGGCCUCUCCGCUGUGGCAUUCUCACGAGAGACCCUCUGAAUUUUAGCACAAAGUGCCUUUUCUUUCACAGCUGCCACCACCUUUAGAGGAAUUUUGCUGCGUCAGAAAAAUGUGGAGGCUCCAUUUUAAUGCAUUAUUUUAAAAUUUUUGAUAACUCUUCAAGCAUCAUUUGCACCUGUGUGGUAAUUUUGCCUGUUGCAAAGCAUCAUGGCCAAGCUACAACUGGGAGUCUGCUUUCUGCUAGGCUUGAGGUUAGGAUCAACUUGACAGUGUGUCCUAGCUCAGCCAUUCAGCAAAGAAAAAUGGGGUAAUAUCAGAGUUACAGUAGUAAAUGAAACUGCUUUGGGUUUUAAUGUCUUAGAGGAAGAAAAAAAAGGAAUAUAGGGAAGUAUUAGCUUUGGAUGAAGGUAAUGUUUGCCCCUUAAUCUUUCAUUCGUGGUCUGUUAGUGACAAGGAAGUAAAUGAGAUUCUUUUGUGUAACUUGGUAGUUCCUUUGUAUUACCCAAUAGUUGACGUUUUGAUCCCCAGGUGUUUUGCAAGUAUGUGUGGUAAGCACGCUCAAGAGAAGUUAACAGGAGUGGUGAUGGUGUGUGGGGAGUGGCAGGGGAUGGUUUGUUUUAGGGGAAAAUGCCCACAUUUUAAACUUCUGAAUAAAACUGUGUGAGAAAACACCGUGAACCUGAUGUGUUUUAAAGCAAGUGUGGCUUGUGACUCUAAGGGGCAGAGUGCUGGUGGCUUCUUCCAGCCCCUUUGUCUGCGGACCAUUGCAUAUGCAGGCAGAGUGUUUUUCUGUCUCUGGGGAGGCUGGGACCUGCUUUCGCGUUCGCUGAGAACGUGUCUUCUGAAUCGGUGUUUGUGUGAGAGCCGCUCCUCUGUUGACCCUGAGUGUCUGUUCUUCCCACCGCUGCAGGGCUGCACGGUGGGGUCUCCCCCUGCAGCUAGGCCGAGGGCAGAGUGGCUGACAAAAAUGCCGUCAGUUGGCAGGUCCUUUGUACAGCUGUUUACCCCGCCUGGGGUCAACCGGGAACCUCACAGCCUCCUGGGAUGGGGCUUCUCGGCCCUCCAGGUCCACCGGGACAGGAGUCCUGUUGGGUCCCCCUCUGGCUUAGGGAAAGGAGCCCCAGAAAGAGGUGGGAAAGCAAAGGCCAUCCGGCAUCAGAACUGCAGCCACAAUGUGUAUUGUCUUUGCAAAGCGUACGGGUUUCAAGAGACAUGUUGGGAACCAUUGGUUCAAUGUUGGUCCUGUUCACAAAUAGUUCCGUUUCCUGCUACUGUAGGGGGAGUUAGAAGACAGGACUUGAACUGUAUGGCAUACUGAAGUGAAACUGAAUACCGUCAGCAUUCAGUCUCCUCUUGAUUCAGGAGUGCAUCAGGAUUCUCUUCAGUACCGGUUUUUCUUUUUUCAUUUUUUAAAAGUAGGCUCCACACCCAGUGUGGGGCUUGGACUCACAAACCUGAGAUCGGGAGUCGGAUGCUCUUAACGACUGACCAGCCAGGAGCUGUUUCUUUUAGAAUUACUUUGAAAAGUUAGCUAUGGAGGAGUUCCUCCGGGGUUAACAUUCAGGCUCCGAAUAGCAGAUUGUGGUUUUAAGACUUCCCUAUCUGGCAUAGUAGGAAUCCUCUGCCAUCAACUGCCAAUGCCCCUUCUCUGAAUUGUUUGCUUGGAAAGCCUAUUUAGGUUUCACUUUCUCCUGUUUGUGUCACUCCUGGCCCUCUGUGUCUAACCCAAAUGGUGUUUUUACUGGAACUCUGAAAGGAUUCAGUGAAUGGUAUUUUCCUGGAAUGAGCUAUAAGAGCCACCACUGACUUAACCACCUCCAUGAUGCUUUUUCGGGCAUAUUUGCAAAGAAAAACAUCUUGCCCAGGUAACAGUGAGGCAUCCAUAAUAUACAGAGCACAGUACUGGGCCCUGUGGGAAUGCGCCAGGGAGCCUGUCAUAGUUCUGAACCGCAGAGCGGUUUGAGAAUUCCCACCAAGUGGCUUGAGAGCAAGCGGCGUCAGCUGUGAAGCCGCUACGUUAGUGGUGGUGUAACAGUCCAGUUAAGCCGACCUGGCGGUGCUGGGGAGCUGAGCGAAGCUCCCCGAUGAGGUUAAGCAGCAGUGACUUGGCGGAUACGAGUGAGCGGUCUGGGAUUUUGGAGGCCGGCAGGUGUGGGCUUGUAGUGUGGCAGAGGUGUGGAGCCGGGGUUCCUUCGCGAACACUGCAGUGGCCUUUGUCGCUUCCCCAUUUCCCUCUCCCGCUUCAACUCACUCCCCUCACUUCUGCCCCUCGUGGGAAACAUGUAUUAAUUAUCCUGUGCGUGAAACCUGCUAGUCUUCAUUUUUAUAGUCAUUUCUCCUGUCACUGGUGUCCUGACAGCCACAUCCAUUGACUUCCCUUCAGUCCUCGUCUUGACCAACCUGCCGCACACAUACUCUUGAAACAAAAACCAACCUCUGCUCCGACCUGACUUCCUUCUUGGUAUUUCUUCUGCUACCACUUAAAUGCUGGUGCUCCUCCGAGCAAUGCCUUUGCCUUCUUACUUGUGUGAUCUCGGUGAUCUCCCCGACCCUGUGACUUCGGCUGCCAUUUCUGCGGUGAGGUCUUCAAAGUGGGCAAGACUUCCUGGACUCCUCCCCGGAGCCCUAGACCAUGGAGUCAGGUGACACUAGACACCACCGUCUGGAAGGCCUCACGCAGGCUCAAACGAGAGCCAUCCAAAGGAGCUCCUCUUACCUCCGUUGUGUUAAUUUAUUUUUGAGAGUGAGUGUGCGCACACGCCCAGAGGAGGGAGAGGGAAUCCCAAGCAGGUUCUGCACUGUCAGCUCAGAGCCUGAUGUGGGGGCUUUGAGCUCAUAAACUGUGAAACCAGGAUCUGGGCCAAAAUCAGGAGCCAGACCCUUAACCAUCCAUCUGAGGCACCCAGGCGCCCCUCCGCAGGAAACGUCUUACACCGCGCCCGUCAGUAAACAUGCACAACUCUGGAUGCAGCCAUCCAUCCUAGCAGUGUCUUCACGAUUUCUUACUGAAUGUGCUGCAGUGGCCUCUUAGCUGACCUUUGUCCCUGGUCCUUCCCCUUUCAAGCCCACUGCCCUCUCUGCUGCCAAAGAAAUUCUUUCAAAUUUCAAGUCUGAUCAUGUCAUUCUCCUACAUAAAACCCUUUAGGGCUCCUAAUAGUUCUUAUAAAUGAGACCAGACAUCUUUGUCUGAGGCAGAAAGAGUCCUGCCUUACUCUGGCUUCAUCUCUGCAUCACCCCAUCUUCCCUAUUAUCAAUUCACCUUUGCUCAUAUGGUUGAGUUGGCCUGGACUGCCUCCCCUCUGCACAUUCAUGGAUCCAAAACGACGAUUUUCAUUCUUCACGCUUUGGUUCACGUGUCACUUCUAGAAUCCUCUCGUGAAGUCUCCUCAUGGUAAAUACUGGCUACUCCAUCCUUCUGGGUUUCCUGAGCGACCUGGACUGCUCACAGAGGUUUUCCCCACACACUUCUAAAACCCCCUUGAAGAGUGUCUCCAGAUCAUCGUGUCCCUGUUGUCCUGCAGUGUUUGACACAGAAUAUACCCAACAGGCCACGUCUUCAGAGCACGUUCUUAACCUCUGUGCCAAUGAAGGCAGACCUGCUAGGGAGGGGCUGGCUUUAGCCCCACUUUUAGUUUUACCACCAGUAAGCUCCCAGGCUAAGUGAGCUGAGGAAAUUCCGAGUAGACACCGGACUAGAGUCAGGCCAAACCACAGAGACCAAAGGAGAAACCAGCAGCUCUACAGCAGUGCUUCCAGGGGACCUUUCCUUCCUGCCAUGGUUCCUCACUCGCUUUAAACCAAAACCAGAACAUAAAAGUCCGGGAGUUCUCUCGCCUUUCAAACUUACAUUUGGCUUUGUGGGGGGUCCUACUUGGUUGGAUUUGAGGAUUCAGGAGGUCUUGAAUUCCAGUUAACCAGGGACUCAAGAAGGCAGACUAUUAGGGUUCUGGAAACCUCGGAGUUACAAAGAAAUAGGGUGGGAAAGGCACACACAGACAGCCCCACAGGAAAGGAAGAGGCUCUGUUCUGGGCAGUCAAGGUGCUACUUCUUUCAGUCCCUUUAAUAUCUUGACUUCCAACUUUAUUUUCUGCCAAAAAACAACAUGAACACAAAUGAUAAUAUUUUAUUAUAGAAAAAGCAUCCCAAAUACAGGAUUUCGUAAACACUGGUAGGUGAACAAGUGCAACUUUCAAAGUAAAUACAAAGUAAAGAGGUAAAACCUAUAAGCAUCUUGCCUUUAAGAGAAAACGUACUGUUCUUCCGCAGAGGUGAUCCCACCCACAGCACGAAUGUGGCUCCGUCUCUACCAGUGAAGGCAUCAGGUUCCCUUUCUGAACUCGUAUGCCCAUUUUAACAAUCUCAAAAUAAUGGCAAGAAGUGGCAUUGAAUAAAUUACUAAAAUCCCUUGAUUCUUAACUUUCUAUUGACUUGACAGAAAAAAAAAAAAAAAAGACUCCAUAUCACACUUUGACAAUUUGAGUUAAAAAGCCUGUGCUCUGAUUGUUUUCUGCAAAUACAUCCAUCCUUCCUGGGCUUAUGCCACAGUAUUUUCAUAGACUUGUAUACAUUAGAUAUCACAUUGGUUUCUUGGAAUUUAGCUUAAAAUAAUACUGGCUGUUACAAAUUGUGCAGUCAGUCUAGCUACUGUCUAGCUUCCUUACCAUUUUUGCUGUCAUUUUUUCUGAUACUUUCCCUCCACUUUGGAGAAACCGUUAAGUAAUCUCACCAGACACAUGUUAACAUUCUUUGCCCACUCUCCAGCUCAAUGCCAAAUGUUUCCUAGUUAACGAUACAUGAUAAUGAUGCAUUAACAAACUCAGAUUCUAAACCUCAAAUUCAGGUUUAUCUUGGCUUGAGAUACCUCUGAGUAAGACAGUCUGAGCAAAACCAUCUUACUUUGAAGAUGGUUCUGUAUAAACAGCCUGGCUUACUUAUUUAGGCACUUAGAAAAAGAAAAAAACAACAAAACAAAACACCAAACCUGAGUUCCACCUUUAUUAGAAAUACCUCUUACCCAGCUGGCCAUUGAUGGACUCUGAAGGGAAUGACGGCAACCCAGCCACCGUCCCCGUGGGGACUGCAUGGUCCUGCCAUUAUGGAAUGUCCUGGCCCCAGGAACAAGCAGCUAUGGCUAAGGGGAGCCACCAAACUACAGUGAUGCUGAGCUCCAGACUGGGAGGGUGGGGGUGCAGAAGAAACCUCCCUCUCCACAAGAAGGGACCUGUGAGCCCCACUUUUCCCUUUGUCACCAUCAUCUAGGGACACUGGCAGAUUUGCCUAUACAGGUUUCUAGCUCACUCACCCUAUGGGUUGGGGCCAAAUGCACAUGAACCCAAUCUGGGGAGGAAAAAAGAACUACUCCUUGAAAGCCUGAGGAAACUAAUCAUUUACAUAGAACAAAGUGUUAUUAAGUACAUGACAUACUUUCAUACCUGGCUUUUUACCUAAGCAAGAACUAAUGAGUUUUAGAGUAUUAGCUGCGGCAUGUUUGUACUUAAAUGUUAAUACAUAAGAUGUACAACAGAAGUUAUACUUACCAGACCACACAGUUAAUUCUAACUUCCUCUGUGAUGGCACGGAAGUCAACUGAUAAGCAUAAAGCACCAUUAAACAAUUAUCUGGGCUGGUCAAUUAGUGGGUAUGAGUGUAGGGCUGGUAAGGUUAAAGCCAAACCUGACAAAUGAGUCCAUGAGUUUCACAGACCUAAAAGUAACCUCUGGCUACAAAAAACACUAAUCCUAAACUUUAACCCUUGCCAUCAGCCUUACAAACUGGAUGCCAGUGGUAGUCAGAAGAACUCUGUAGGUGGGAGAUGGCUCAGUUUAACCCCUUACUUCUACUUCUUUACGAGUAAUGAACAGAGCAUUGAUUUCCACUGUGCUGCCGGUCACAUGCACAAGACAACACACUUCUUAAGAACAUUCUUGUUCUUCAAGCCUGGAAAGAGCAGCUUUUGACAUCCAUCUGACUUUACUUUUGGAGGACUAGGACUAAGGCAGUCAUAAAAUGGAAUCCACUGGGGCACCUGGGUGGCUCAGUAGGUUGAGCAUCCGACUUCGGCUCAGGUCAUGAUCUCACAGCUUGUGAGUUCGAGCCCCAUGUCAGGUUCUGUGCUGACAGCUCAGAGCCUGGAGCCUGCUUCAGAUUCUGUGUCUCCCUCUCUCUCUGCCCCAACGACGUGCAUUGUCUCUGUCUCUCUCAAAAAAAUAAACAGUUAAAAAAAAAAAAAAAAAAAAA